CUCCCUCCGCCGACUCCUCCGCUGGCGGUUGACCCGAGUCAUAUGCCUCAGUGCCGUCCACGGGGAAGGAGUUUGUUUUUGCGUGUUUGUUUGCGUGCUGUAACGGGGACGAACCAUGUCGAGGAAACGGCACAGAAACCAACCCAGUUUGGAAGAGCGUGUUUUGCGAGGCCAUGGACAGGCCGGCUGUGUUACCGGUGGCGGGAGCACAACGCGACGCUUUUAAUGAACUAAAAUUGGAAACAGCUGGCUGUUAUUGGCUGUCGGGAUUUGGGAUAUUUAGGGAUUUUAUUAUUUUUUUUAUUAUUAUUUUAAUCAAAAAGAAGACUUCCUUGUGUUGCCGGAACACAUGAGCGUGUGAGGAGGGUAGAAGUUGUCCCUGUCCUCGACGAGCACCUGACGGCCCUCCUCUCACCCCGCGGACCCCUCUCGCCGGCCGGUAUGACCCUCGGGACGGUGUCCGGUACCGACAGCUCGUCGGCGGUCAGCUUCUGCUCCUGCUGCGGGGCUAAGAUGGUGCCCCACUUCAACGACGACGCCGUGGAGUCCAAAAAUCAAAUCAACCAACUAGAGAAUGACUCUGUUGUGGCCUCCAGGCAGUUCCUGGUCUUAGCUUCUGGCCCCAGAGGCUACGAAACCAAGCUUAUUUUUAGCAAAACAGAUAUCACGCUGUUUGGAGUCCGCAUCAGCGAGAGCUUCCUCACUGUGAAGGGCGCAGCCCUCUUCCUCCCGAGGGGCAGCAGCCCCACGCCGAACUCUGCACCGCACAUCAGCCAGCGCAGGAACAAGCACACGGGUGACCUCCAGAAACACCUCCAGACCAUGUUCACUGUGCUGCGCCCUGAGGACACCAUCCGACUGGUCAGUACCGCGCUGCCAAAGCUCGCUGUCAGGGUGGCUGUGCGUCUGGAGAGCGCCUACGCUCAGGUAACCCGCUACAUGGUGGUGGUCUCCACCAACGGCAGGCAGGACACGGAGGAAAGCAUCGUGCUCGGCAUGGACUUUGUCUCCUCUGAUAGCUGCUGCACGGUGGGGCUGGUUCUACCUCUUUGGAGUGACACUCUGAUCCACUUGGAUGGAGAUGGCGGCUUCAGCGUGUCGACAGUAAACAGGGUUCACGUCUUCAAGCCGGUUUCUGUCCAGGCGAUGUGGUCAGCCUUGCAGUCGCUCCACAAAGCCUGUGAGGUGGCCCGCUGCCAUAACUACUACCCAGGCAGCCUGUUCCUGACCUGGGUCAGCUACUACCAGAGCAGGGUCUCCUCCAACCAGUUCUGCAUCAACGAAUGGAACGCCAUGCAGGAUGUGGAGUCGCACCGUGCCAAUUCGCCCAUCCUCUUCACAGACCUAGAGUCUUUAGGAAGGCAGACAGUCAGCCGACACGCGCUGCUCCAAUUUGUGCCAGAGAUUCAGAGAAAGUCGGAGGCGCUCCAGGGAACCGGAGCGUCCCCGGUCCUCACGUGGGAUGCUGUCGUGAUCUCUGCAGCACAAGUAUUUCAGGCCAGUGGGACGAAGCUGAGGUCAAGGGCCAUCGACUACGAAGAACGGCACGGAGAAAUGCCCACAGAGAGGGAGCGCACAGAGAGGCUGAUCAAGAUGCGCCUCAGGGAAAUCAUGAUGCAGAAAGACCUGGAGAACGUCACCUGCAAAGAGAUCCGGACGGAGCUGGAGAUGCAGAUGGUGUGCAACCUGAGGGAGUUCAAAGAGUUCAUAGACAACGAGAUGAUCGUCAUCCUGGGCCAGAUGGACAGUCCCACGGAGAUUUUCGACCACGUCUUUCUGGGUUCUGAAUGGAAUGCCUCCAACUUAGAGGAGCUGCAGAACAGCGGGGUGCGCUACAUCCUGAAUGUGACCAGAGAGAUCGACAAUUUCUUCCCGGGAAUGUUCGAGUACCACAACAUCCGGGUUUAUGAUGAGGAGGCCACCAACCUGCUGGAGUACUGGAACGAGACCUAUAAGUUUAUCAGCAAAGCCAAGAAAGCCGGCGCCAAGUGUCUGGUCCACUGCAAGAUGGGCGUGAGCCGCUCGGCCUCCACGGUGAUCGCCUACGCCAUGAAGGAGUACGGCUGGGAUCUGAGCACCGCCUUCGACUACGUGAAAGAGAGGCGCGCCGUCACCAAACCCAACCCGUCCUUCAUGAAACAGCUGGAGGAGUAUCAGGGAAUCCUGCUGGCCAGCAAACAGCGGCACAACAAGCUUUGGCGCUCCCACUCUGACAGCGACCUGUCGGAGCGGCCGGACUCCCUGUGCAGGCCCUCCUGUCCGUCCCUGGGCCGCUCCGACUCCCAGAACAACAACGCCUCCUCGCCCUCCCUGCAUCACUUCCUGGGCGUGGCUGUUCUGCAGGCACUUGGUGCCCAAUCUGAACCGGCCACCAAAGCAAACGGCGCCAUCCCUACCGAGUCGCACCCGCUUGCAAACGGCACUGAAGAGGAAGAAGGGGGCUCGGACUGUGAGGACGCCAUCUUGCUCUCUCUGCCCAGCCCCCGGGCGGCGACGGUGGUUCCUGACAACUCGGCCAGCGUGGCGGUCACCGAGCCCGUCGCGCUGCCGCACCCUCCCCCGUCCCUCCACAUUUUACCCCCCACCCCUGAGACCCAGCGGGCCCGCCGCCCUCCUCCCACACACCUGCCCAUUUCAGUGCCCAAAAGCAAGCCGGAGCGCUCCCUCAGCUUCCCCGAGAGGGGCGGCUCCGGAGAGAGCUCCCCGCUCACUCUGGGGUCAUGUGACUCGGACUCGAUGAACCAGUCCUUAUCAGAUUCAGGGAGCGACAGGCGCUCCACCCCAUCUCCCACCCCCCGGCCUCUGACCCUUGCCCUCGCCCCCAGCGACGCCAACAACAACCCCAGCGAGUUGCCGGCCUGCGGCGCCGGGGACGCCCGCGGCGAGGCCGACGGCUCGUCCAACCACAGCGCCGACAGCAUCGACUUUUUCUCAGCCCGGGAGAAGUUCCUGGGCCUGGCCCAGGACGGCGUGGCCCAGGACGGGCGGGCACGGGCGCUUUCGGAGCCGUCGCAGCAGCGGGCGCCAGCGCCGGCCGACGGAGGCGCCGAGGGCUGCGAGGAUGAGGAGGCCAGGAGGAGUCAGGCUGAGGACGGCUCGGACCAGACCCACCCCGGUCACCACGACAACGGAGUCUCGGUCCGCCACAUCGUCACAGAGAUCGAAGCCAUAUCGAGCAAUUCUGCCUCCCCCUCCUCUUCGUCCUCAUCUUCGGCCCCUCCGUGCUCUAGCAGCCCUCAGCCUGUCCAAGCCGAUCAUCAGGAGGAGGCGGAGCCCCCGCCCGGUUCUGUGACCCCGCCCUCUCACCCCCCGUCUCCGUCCUCGCUGCCCUGCGACUGGCCGGUGGGGUCCGUGCGGCGGGCCACCAAACAGCUGGAGGAGAGGCUGAAGCAGGAGCUGGAGGCUCCCACCCAGCGCUCCCCGCUGCAGUCCCCCAGCGCCGAGCAGCCCCCCCCCGGGUCGCCUCUGCACCCGGCAGCGCAAAGCACCACUCAGGGAGAGAAACCCAAAGACAGAGAGAGGCACGCAGGGGCUCCACGGGACCAGCUCCCAGAGCCCCCACAUAUCAGCCAAGUGUCCGGGGCCGCGCCCGUCCCUAUGCACACCUCUGUAGACAGCCAUAUUGUGACUUCAUCACUGUUCUCAGCCAGUCACCCAGCAGAAUCAUCUCUUGAUACCUCAGGCCCGUCCCCUGGACCGGGCCCGCUGCUCAGCCAAAGCCCCGCCGGCCAGCCCGCCCCGCCGCACCUGUCCCUGGACGGGGUGACGGUGCGGGAGUCGGACACAGAUGAUAGGUCCCCGAGCGGGCGUGGGCGCUGCAGCCCCGACUGUGAGGCCCAGCUCCGGCUGGCUCGCGGCAGCCAGGAACUGGAACGCAUCCAGCAGACGCUGCGAGAGCUGCAGGCCUUCCUCCACGACGGCGCCUGCCUGGAGGCCGCCGACGGUCCAGCACAGGACCAGAGUCCGAGAGACACUAUGGACACCGAGCCGGACCGCCACCGAGGGCCGAGCCCCCCGGGCCCAGCGGCGGCGCAGCGGCUCAGAGAGAGGCAGGAGGGGCGGAGCCUGGCGCCGCAGGCGGGGUGGCACAGAGCCAUGGAGCUGGAGGCCCGGAUCCGCCAGGCCGGCCUCACGCCCCCGUCGCUCAUGAAACGCUCGGCCUCUUUGGCUAAACUCGACUGCCUGGAGCUGUCGGCCAACGACCUGAGCGACUUGGACCUGAGGCCCCACACGAGGCCGACGUCUUCCCACUCCCAGAACUCCUUCUCCUUGUCCCAGUGUCACCCCGACGACAGCUGGAAGAAGCAGAAAGUGCUGGCUCAGCACACGGGAGCAGCGAGCCAAGGCGCCCCCUCCCCGCCCUCCUCCUCCUCCUCCUCCCACGGCCACUCAAAAGAAGACGGUAGCGAGAGGGACGAGCCGGAGGGCGGCGCUCCCCGGCAGCAGGGCAGAGGACACUCGUCGAGACGCUCCCGCAAAGCCUCGGCCGAGAAAAAACAGCGAGCCGCCGCGCUGCUUUACAACACCAUGUGACCUCAGUGCAACGGCCGGCCGGAAGGAAGGAAGCCGACCGGCGGCGUGCACGCGUGUGAGAGAGGCGUGUGAGUGUGUAGCAGGCGUGUUGGGAGACGCGAAUGGUGAGCAGAUGUUUGCAUGUAAACCACUGGAUGUGUUUGUCUCAGUGACGUGAUAUGAAUGUCCAAACUAAGACUGAACCAGUGGUGCACUCCACUACAUGUCUGUCCCUUUUUUUCUUUUUAAAGAAGCGUCUGUCAUCAGCGUGCGACCCUCGGUGCCUGUUCAGAGUUUAUACGACCACAACCCGAGGGGCUUUUUCUCAGAACAUGCACUUUACGGUUUGUUUUUGUGUUUUUUUUUUGUUGUUGUUCUUUUAUUUGAAAUCAGUUUCUUACCCUGGGGAGGAUUCUUUUUGCACUAGACUUGUCUCCGCGGUUAUGUUUUCAAAGUGCAACGACAUGUCUUUAUUCAGAUUUUUAAUUAAAGCCAGGACAAAGCUGACAUUGUGUCGUUCCCUUAUUGCGUUUGUUUGUUUUUUUUUACUCGGUGAUUUAGCAUUAAA